AAUGAUGAACCGCAAAUAAAAGAAAGAGUUGUCUCCAAUACAAAAACCGACGCGAUAAAAUAGGUCAAAUUCAAUCGAGUUUGGAUAAUCCCUCAAGAUCAAUCACCAAUUGGAUAACCCCCAUUAGGAUUAAUCAUCGAUCUGUCUGUAUGGAGUUUCCGAUUUCGUCUUCAAUAAUCGAGUGAGGGUGGAUCUGGAUCUUGAAGAUAUUAAAACAGAAAAAAAAAUGAAGAUCAAAUUCUUCGAUUCCGUCUAUAAUGGAUAAUUAAGGAAAUCCAAUGAACACUAAAGAAAAGAUAAGUAACGUUACCCAUUUUUUUUGUCUGUAAAUGCCUUCACACCAUUCUUUAAAAUCUCUAAUGUUGAAUUUUACCUUGUCAGGGUUAAAUUCAGUUCAAUUCUACUUCCGGUUUCAGUGGAACCUCGACAGCCGCAGAGCGGGCAUACACCUGUCAAUGUCGUAACUCCAUGUUUGUGGUGUUCGAAGAUAAUCUUUCGUCUAUAAUGUAUAAGUAAGUUGUUGCGUUUGAGUUGAGCUUGAAGAUAUAUAAUCAAGUAUGAGUUUUCUUUCAAAGGACAACCAAUGAAGAACACUACAUCAAAGAUAAGUAACAAAACCUUUUUCUUGAUUUGUUUAUGACUCUACUUCAAUCUUGUAAAACUCUAAUGUUUAAUUUCUCUAAGUGUAGGUUAAAUUACUUUCAAUAAGACGAUCAGUGGACACAACAAUUGGAUCGAAGGUUGGCUUAUAAGAAACUGUAGUUUUGGAUUUCUUUUGCCUUGCAAGCAGUUUCCAAAUUAAAGAUAAGACACCGAAACUUUGUUUAGUUUUAUAAAGUUUAGCUUAUAUUUCAUUCCAAUAAAGUCUAAUGUCAAUUUGUUUUUUUUAUGUUAGGGUAAUUUCUGUUACAGGGAUACAUAAGCUAAACUUUCAAAAUAGAAGUAGAAUGAAGAAAUCUAUUAUAUAUCCUUGGAACAUCGUCUAGAUCAGUGUCAUCUUCUGAAUCAUCAUUGUCGGAACUGCUGCUGCAUUGAUCCAUCAUCCGUAGUGCAUGUUGAUGAUUCAAAGAUUGAAGGAGCAUUCGGUUUCUUUUGCCUUGCAAGAAAUUUUGCAAGCCUUAAUCCUGUUUUGGGUCUGGUGGUGUAUAUUCUGUAUUAGUUAAAUGAUUCGAGGUAGCUAUCUCUUGCGAAGGAUUUUCCAGUGCUGCACGCUGAGGAUUGGGAAGGCAUUGUAGGUAUGUAACAGCUAACAAUACUGGUCUUUCUCUCUGUCUCAUGAUUUGGCCAUGAGAGGGCAUUGGCGGUUGUUGAGGGUGGGAAACCGUCUUGAAAAUUUCAGGAGAUGCAAUGUUCACGAUGUUUCAUCACAAUGUAUCAUAAAUCCAGGGAACUUAAUAAUUAAAAGGGUUCAGAAGGAGAUGUGAUCUCCGACAUUCAGAGUAAGCAGCAUGAUUGAAUCACAAUCACAUUUGGCUUUGAGUUCGGAUACAUGAGUCAAACCAUUGGUAGCUGCCAUCUCUUCUACGAAGGAAUCGACCGUUGGGUCUUUAUGAGUCUUUUAUUUAUUUAAGUCCUAAAAUCGAGUCUGUUGUUUUUGCAAGUUUAGUCCUUUUAUUUGUAAUAAAUUUCGACCCUAGAAGGUCCCCGCUGCUGGAUCAUUAUAUAAGGUCCCUUCUCAGCAUUGUAACCUUUCAAGUUUUAAUGAAAUAAAAUGAGAGUUUUCUUAGGUUUUCUUCUGAGAUAGAAGCAACCACCCUUUUCUCCUUCUUCUUGUGUGUGAAUCCUUGAAGACUGAGACUUGACUUAUCAUAGAUCCUUUCACAGAUCUGUGUGGCGUCCUUCAAUCCACCCAUCUAUCUCUUCAUCUUCCACUGCUACCAAAUAGACAGAAUAGUGUUUUCAACCAUUUGUCUAUUUAUCAUCUCUUUGAUGCAUUCCAUCUAUCAUCCAUCAAAUAGGCAGAACAGUGUUAUCAACCCUUUGCCUAUUUCCAUCUAUCCACGUGGGUUCCCUCAUCUGGGAUCCUAUAUCAUCUGGUAUCAGAGCUAAACGCUCCAAAUCAAAACGUAUUGAACCAUGGGAGAACAAGGAGGAGAGGUGAACAUGGCUGAAAUGCUAACAGCUAUUCAAGCACAACUCCAAACACUUGGUGAUCGCAUGACACAAAUUGAACAACCCCUACCUGCGCCAAGAGCACCAGUUCGUAACUUGCCAAGAGGAAACCAUGAGGUUGAUAAUUGAGAUCAGUCUGAUUCAAAGGAAGAAUAUCAAGAUCUUAAUCAACACCAAAGGCCAAGGAGACACUAUCAACAAGGUAGAGGACGAGAUGAAGGCAACAUAAGAGAAGGAGGCUAUGAUCUUAAGCUGAAUCCGCCGACAUUUGCUGGAAAGUUUAAUCCUGAAGCAUACGAUGAUUGGGAAAGACGUAUGGAGCAUAUCUUUGGCUACUACAACUAUUCUGAACAGAGAAAGGUAUCCCUAGCUACUGCUCAACUUACCGACAAUGCCUUAGCUUGGUGGGACAGAGAUGUGUGAGAGGAGGAGGCAUAGACAUAUACCAAUCACUAGUUGGGAUGAUAUGAGGUUUCAGCUAAGAAAGAGAUAUGUCUCAGCUUAUUACCAUCGGGAGCUACAAAAGAAGUUCCGCAAGCUCUCACAAGGAAGCAAAUCUGUUGAGGAAUACUUUGAAGAGUUUGAAUCUCUUAAAAACAGGUUGGAGGUAGAAGAGUCUGAGGAGAACUUGAUGGCACAGUUUCUAGAUGGUCUUCAUGAUCGGAUUGCUAGAAAGGUGGAAAGACAAACAUAUCAUGAUCUUGAAGAGUUGUUGCACCUAGCAGUCCAAGCUGAACAACACAUCAAAAGGAAGACAGCUUCUACUAACCGCAGUAAGACUCCAUGGACACCGCUACCUCAGAAACCUUUAGACAAGGGAAAAUCUCUUGAUGUGGACCAGAGAUUUAAAAGAGCUGCACCUGAGGCAUCAAAAAUAACCAAACCAGAGCAAGGUAAGCCUACUAACCAAAGAGCUCGUGAUAUUACUUGUUUUAAAUGUCAGGGCAAAGGACACUAUGCAAGGGAGUGCCCAAACCAGCGAGUAAUGAUCCUUAAAGCCAAUGGAGAGUAUGAAUCACAAGAUGAGGAAGAAGAACAUGUUGAAUCUGAGGAGGAUAUUGUGGACUAUCCAGAGAUGGGAGAGCUUCUAGUUAUAAGGAGGGCUCUUAGCACUCUUUUUGAUCCUGAAACAAUUCAAAGAGAAAAUAUCUUCCACUCUCGCUGCUCAAUGAACUCCAAGGUAUGUAGCUUAAUCAUUAAUGGUGGUUCAUGUACUAAUGUAGCCAUUAAGUAUUUGGUUGAUAAGCUAGAUCUACAAAAGACAAAGCAUCCCCAUUCAUAUCGACUUAAGUGGCUCAAUGAUGAGGCUGAACUAAGGAUCUCCGAGCAAGUCACCAUACCAUUCACCAUAGGCAAAUAUUCAGAUCAAGUUGUGUGUGAUGUGGUUCCUAUGCAAGCUGGACACCUUCUUCUAGGACGGCCAUGGCAAUUUGAUAAGGAGACUUUACACAAUGGUCGAACCAACUACUAUACUUUCUCGCACAACAACAAGAAGCAUACUCUAGCUCCACUCACCCCUCAAGAAGUGCAUGAAAUGCAACAGACAAUGUCAAAGGGAGCUAAGUCAAACAAAACCAAUCUUUACAUAACACCUUCUACUGUUUUGAAAUCAAUUAAUUCACAGGACAAGGUGCUACUAAUGAUCUUUAAGGAAGGUUUGUUUUCAGGUCAAGAAGAGAAAGACUUACCACCAGAAGUGCUUGAACUAUUAGGAAAAGCGAAGGGCCAUGCUUCUCUUCACUCUGUUUCCUCAACCUCACACAUAGUGUAGUGCGCAUGUCCAAAAGUUUUGAUUAGUAAAAUUCAGCUUUUAGCAGCAGUUGAGCAAAAAUAUAGCCAUUGAUUUUGUUUCGGUCUGAUGUGGGGAAGAGGAAAAAAAAGAGUGAUGGGCCUUAAUGGGCUAAAAGCUCUCUCUUAAGAGACGCGUAACCAACAAAAACCGUCAAUAAAUAUGCAAUAGAGACGGUUAAUUUCGUCAAUUACCGGUUUACAUGUCCCGAUAUAUGCCUACUUUAUAUAUCAAUUUACUUGGUGCUUUCCUGUUUCUUUUUUCCUUUUUUUUCUAGUCUUUUCUUUUUUUUUUGGAUUCCGGAAGAUAAUAAUAAUAAAGGAAAAAUUUGCGAUAGACGAAUUUAUAGGAAAUGAUUAAUUAAAUAAUAUUUUCUCCUUUUUAUAUUAAGUUACAUGUGGUUUAUCUUUAU